AUGGGGGACGUCCCUGCAUACAAAGACGUUUCCUGUGCAUCCGACCAGUCUUCCGAAUUCCGCCCGGGAUAUGAGGUCGGCACCGGACACGACACCCACCAAACUAUUGAGCCUGUGGAUCCGGGUUUUUCACAAAAUGCCGGAGCUUCGGCCACAAGAUAUUCAUUUGAAAGGAUCCAGCAUGCCGCCUUGUUGCGAUCGUAUCAAGAAAAGUAUGGUAUUCCAAUGCUGGUGUAUGACGAAACCUGCUUUGCCUAA